ACGAUUUGCCAUAGUGAUUUAACUGAUACGCUAAAAGUUCUCCCCAAAAAUCUAUGUUCUCUCAUAAUCAUAAGGAGAAAAAAUUGAUUGCAACACUUCGUUUAAUUAAUAUGCUGAGUCACGGAAUAUCAUGACGUUCAAUUCUGUUAACUAAGAAUUGGCUUUUUAAAUGCACAUUAAAUCAAAAUAUAUCGUAUUUGUAUCACGUCGUAAUAAUCUUUCAUACAAAUUGUGUAAAAUUGUCCAACACGUUACCAGUGAUCCGAUUCGACUAAAAGUAAAUGUGUUAGAGCUAUUGCUUAAUGUGUAGCGAGGAACGCAGUGAUUUUAUUAGUAGCAGAACUCUAGCGUGUCCAUGUUAGAGAUCAGGGAACAUUCAAAUAUCUUUAACAUAAUAACUUGAACAGAUUAAUUUGGAAUAAUUUAGUUUCACAUUAAAACAUGGCCUGGAAUUUGAAAUUUUGAUAUGAUUGUAACGAACUAACUAGUGCAAAAAUUUUAAGUCAUAAGAAGUGUUCAAUAUUUAUGAAUACCGUGCGUAUCGUUCUAUCUCGUUUUCUAAAAGUAUGAAAUGUAUCUAAAAAUAUUCUGAUAAUUCGGGAAAAAUAACGAAAUAAAACAUUAUAAGAGGUGUUGAGGUAACAACAGAUGUGACGGAGGGAUAGACAGGAGUAUAAUAGAGAAAUGACGUAUGGACAGAGUGGGAAGAUAAUUGUGGAAUUCUUUAUUUUCAUCACCGUCUUUGUCGUAACGAUUCUUGCUGACGUAAACGAAUACCGAUUAAUUAGAGACCUACUUAGAAGUUAUGAUAAAAGAAUACGUCCGUCGUUAAAUGCCAGUACAUCACUUAACGUUACAUUUGGAUUUUCAUUGUCACAGAUUAUUGACGUGGAUGAGAAGAAUCAAAUAUUGACAACAAAUUGUUGGUUGAACCAGAUGUGGAUUGACUAUGGUUUGCGCUGGAAACCAGAAAAAUAUGGUGGUCUAAAGGUUGUCAGAAUUCCACAUGAUGCCGUUUGGAAGCCCGAUAUACUACUCUAUAACAAUGCUGAUGUAUCAACUCAUUUCUCUUCUAUCAGUUCCAAUGUAAUAGUGACGUCAGAUGGCAAUAUCACGUGGUUAUCUAUGGUGAUUUUCAAAAGUUCUUGUGCAAUAAACGUGCGAUAUUUCCCAUUUGACGUUCAGAACUGCUCAAUGCAGUUUGCGUCCUGGACAUAUGACGGAUUCCAAGUUAACCUUGUCAUCACAACAAAUGAGGGCGAUACUUCAAAUUAUAUUCCUAACAGCGAAUGGGACCUUAUAAAAUUGUAUGUUGAACGGAACGUCGUGUUUUAUUCCUGCUGUGUCGAACCUUAUCCGGAUAUUACGUACAGUAUAUAUAUAAAACGCCGGCCCCUAUUCUACAUUUUCAAUAUGUUUUUACCGUGUAUAUUGAUAACGUUAGUGGCGUUGCUAGGUUUCUACAUACCUAGUGACAGUGGUGAAAAGGUGACUAUGGGAAUUACAACAUUAUUGUCAAUGACUGUCUUUAUGAUGCUCGUAGCAGAGAACAUGCCGCCAACAUCAAACGUUUUACCACUCAUAGGUAUAUACUACGGUUUCACGAUAUUUAUCGUUUCCACGGCAACGGGAAUGACUGUUAUGACGUUAAAUAUUCACCACAAAGGUCACCGAGGACAUCAUGUUCCAAAAUUGCUUAAAUCUAUUUGUUUUGGUGUAUUUUCAAAAUUGUUCUGCAUGCAAAUGGAAAUACCCCACCAUCCUGGGGAACGAUAUUUGAGCACAACGUAUACACCGGCUGACCCUUCGGACGGUCAGUAUAUACGAUAUAAAAUGUCCGAUUCUGAUAGUAAUACAAAUACGGACACUUCACAUCGAAAUCAAACUUUUGUUUUAAAUCAGCUUAGCGAACACAAUCUUUUUCCUGGUUCAAGAGUGAGGCCUGAUUCUAGCCGAGCAACAUGCAACGGUUUUGGACCAAUGAAUGGAAUGAAUCAACCUCAGUCGCCACAUAGUAUUUCUCAACCUCCACAUAUUCCACAAGUUCCAGACAAAGACCAUCCCGCGGAUGAUAAUUUUGAACGAUUUUUCAUACACGUUUUGACUAAAUUGAACACAACCAUUGAGUUAAACGAAAGGCGUUUAGCUGAGCAAGACGAACGUGAAAAGAUCAAGCUUGAGUGGCAACAUGUAGCGCGUGUUGUGGAUCGAAUCCUUCUGACUGUCUUUAUGGUUGUAACAUUGACAAUUACUUGUGCUAUAAUGUUUCAGUCGGAGGGGUGAUCAUAUCAGCGGCAAACGUUUUGUGCUAAGUAUUUCUUCAAUGCCAUACCUUUUGGCUUCAUGCAUUAGAUGGGCGGAAAUUUUAGGGUAACGUGAUGCAGACAGUUAGGAUAGUUGAUUGUUUUCAAUGGAAUGGAAUUUAGGAACAUAUGUUCUCAAUGGAAUGGAAUUUAAAAAUGCAGUAUGAAAAAUGUGUUGAAGUGUAAAACAUUCAGAAGUGUUGUCAAUUGUAUUAGAAUUAUCACUUCUCAUAAUGUAUAUACAUUUGUUUUGAAUGCACAAUCAUCGAUUUAAUAAUUACAAGGUAUUUUACAACAAUUUACUCCGAGAACAAAUAUUUAAAAUUAAAUUGUCAUAUUAUUCAAACAUUAUGUAAUCGACAACUUCAAGAACUUUAAAAUGAAAUACAUAACAUCGAGGUCAGCGGUUUGUUUAUACUUUACAUAUUUAGAUUUCAGGAGAAAGUUUUUUAGUUUUAUAAAUCUAGAUAUUGUGAAAGCACGGUUUUAGUGAGUUCGCAUCCGAUCCGAUGUCAGUUUGGUUUGUCAUCAAAACAUUAGUAUGUAAAUGUUACAUUUAAACAACAAUUUCUUAAAUAUGAACGUUUAUAAUUUGCUUUACAUAUAAACGGCCAUUAGUAUAUAUUGAAGUCUGCGAGAAAAACGGUCUGAUUUUUAACUAUAACAAUACCUUCCGAUUUAAAUGUUCCAACAAGAAUUACGUACAAAUCUUCAAAAGCUACGGUGUGCAAAACCUAAUAAUUGGAACUAGCUUAAAUUGAAAGAUCCAUACGCGCAAUUUCCAAGCUCAAUUUCAUAUACAUCUAUUUGGAAAAUGUAAAUAUUUAAUACAUUUUAAGUCAAUAUAGAUGCGGGCAUCUAGUACAUAGCAAACAAUGCUAUACAGAAAAAAUAUACAUAUCUGUGGUAAUAGUAAAUUGAUAUAAUGAUAUAACACUUUCAAUGUAAACAAUGUAGUAAUAAUUGUAAGCGUUUUGUCAUUAAAAUUUUA